GUUUCCUCGGUAACGCGCUCUUGAAUUCCACACACAGAGCUGUGUGAAUUUCAGUACGAGGGGACAGGACGACUGGACAGGGGUUGUACAGCCAGGCAAAUUGACGUAGCCCGUCUCCCAAGGUUUGUUGCUGAGGCGGCAGUUGCGGUAGUGGCAGAGGUCAACAAUGGCGGACAUCAGUGAGCAGUGCGCACCCAUCGUGGUGUACCAGGAGGACGUGAGCGAGAACCCUGUCACUGCGCGAAGCCAGAAGGAGAGCCUACAAGAGGCCUCACACACUCCAGCCUCUUGUCUGGUGGGUUCAAUAGGGUCCCUCAGUGCAAGGAUUGCCCGUUUGCCUCCCCUCUUCAGCUCUGUGAGUAUGGGUUAUGACUGCGGACAGACGCUACAUACUCACCUAGCUGCUAUCGCAGAGGUCAAAGACAGACAAGACAAGGCGGGGUCAAAGUUCACGCGGCUGUCUCAGCAGGACUCGUCCACGUCGCUGCAGAAUCGCCGGCACAACAUGCCAGCUGAAAAGCGUGAGGUGGGCAUGCCCAAGCUGGUGGAGCUGUAUCAGUACCCAGGGUUCAGAGAUGACAUGCCCAUGCCCCUGCCACACAGCAACACCUUUUCUACCAUCAUUACCCACGUAGUGAGGGCACAACCACACCUCACCGACACGCCCAGGUACAAGGCAGUGUUCCUAAGCAUCCUAUCUUCUUCUAUGAUGGAGGACUUUGUCAUGGACUCCUUCUGGUGGCUGUUUCUACAGCACUUCCAGCCAGACGCACGCAUACAGGACAGCCUCUUUGCACGAAUCGCAGAGAAUUACAUCCGAAUCCUGACCCAGAGUCUAACAUCACGCAGUGGCAAGUGGUUUCUCAGGGAGUUCCCCAGUACUCUGGCCCAGACCCUGUACUGCUGUUUCUGCUGUUGUUUCCCUCAGUCCUGCAGAACCCUCCGCAGUGACACCUUCCUCAUCCCACUGUGCUUUACUGCCUACCAGUGGACAGGAGGUAUCUGUCCUGCCCCUGAUGUUUUUAAAAAGUGGGAUUUUGAGGCUCUGGAGCCAGAGGAGGCCACUCAUGUUCAGUUUGUUUCUGGGAACAAGAGGAAUGAGAAAGAGAGUGACUCAUGUCUGUCUCUCCUAGACAGUAUGUUCUCCAGUGCCUAUGUUGAUGAGCCCUUUCAUAGUAAAUUGACCAGCAGUGCCACCACUCUACUGAGGAACAAACCGGUCAGUCUUUUCAUUUUGUCAAACUCACGCAGGUAUGCGAGCACGCACGCACGCACGCACGCACGCACACACACACACACACACACACACACACACACACACACACACACACACACACACACACACACACACACACACACACCCCACUGGGUGAAAGCAGGUUGAAUCAAAGUUGUUUCCACGUAAUUUCAACAACAAAAUUGAAUGACAUUGAAUCAACGUGGAAAACGGAUUGGAUUUGCAAAAGUCUUCAACGUAAGGGAACAUUUAACCUAAAUCCAAUGACAUGGUGACAUUCAAUUCAUGUUAGUGGACAACUCAACCAAAUGGAA